UCAGGGGCUAUUUAUAAAUAUGCUAAAUAGAAGGAGUUGAUAUGCAAAAAGGCUACUCUCUCUUAUAUAGACGGAAGAGAGCGAGCGAAUCCGAAGCCACUGUAAGUAUGGAGACGGCGCUCUUUUCCCAUGGAAGAAUCUCCCACUUUCGUCCUUCUCCUUCUCCCCUCCAUAGAAGCCCUAGAAAUGUCAAAUCCAUGCAUUUUUCUGUCCGCGCUUCCGCCAACAGAGAUUCCGUGGUUACUCUGCUCGAUUACGGUGCUGGAAAUGUUCGAAGCGUGAGGAAUGCAAUUCGAUUUCUCGGAUACGACAUCAAAGACGUGCAAAAACCGGAAGACAUUGUCAAUGCAAGUUGUCUUAUUUUUCCUGGGGUUGGGGCUUUUGCAGCAGCAAUGGAUGUGCUGAAUCAGAAUGGGAUGGCCGAAGCACUUUGUGCAUACAUAGAAAGAGAUCGCCCCUUUUUAGGCAUUUGUCUUGGGCUUCAGCUGCUUUUUGAAUCUAGUGAGGAGAAUGGGCCAGUAAAAGGUCUCGGUCUGAUACCUGGCGUGGUUGGACGUUUUGACUCAUCUAAUGGUUUCAGAGUGCCUCAUAUUGGCUGGAAUGCUGUCCAUAUCACUAAAGAUGCAGGAAUUUUGGAUGACAUCAAAGGAAACCAUGUCUACUUUGUUCACUCAUACCGUGCUAUUCCUUCAGAAGCUAACAAAGAGUGGAUCUCAUCAACAUGCAAUUAUGGUGAAGAUUUUAUUGCUUCUAUCAGAAGGGGAAAUGUACAUGCAGUCCAGUUUCACCCAGAGAAGAGUGGAGAUGUUGGACUUUCCAUUCUAAGAAGGUUUUUGGAUCCACCAAAGUCUUUAACAGCAAAGAAGUCAGAUCAGCGAAAAGCAUCAAAACUCGCAAAGAGAGUUAUUGCAUGUCUUGAUGUGAGGACAAAUGAUGAAGGUGACCUUGUUGUGACCAAGGGAGACCAGUAUGAUGUGAGGGAGCAUACCAAGGAGCAUGAGGUAAGAAAUCUCGGCAAGCCAGUGGACCUUGCUGGACAAUAUUAUAAAGAUGGGGCUGAUGAGGUUAGUUUUUUGAACAUAACAGGCUUCCGGGACUUCCCUUUGGGUGAUUUGCCAAUGCUGAAGGUUUUGCGCUAUGCAUCAGAAAACGUUUUCGUACCACUAACUGUUGGUGGUGGUAUAAGAGACUUCACGGAUGGAAAUGGGAGGCACUAUUCUAGCUUGGAAGUUGCUUCAGAAUAUUUCAGGUCAGGGGCUGAUAAGAUUUCCAUCGGAAGUGAUGCAGUUUAUGCUGCAGAAGCAUAUUUAAGAACUGGAGUAAAGACUGGAAAGAGCAGCUUAGAGCAAAUUUCCCGAGUUUAUGGGAACCAGGCAGUGGUUGUAAGUAUCGAUCCCCGCCGAGUGUACCUAAAGAAUCCUGCUGAUGUCAAUUUCAAGGCUGUAAAAGUUACAAAGCCAGGCCCAAGUGGAGAAGAAUAUGCCUGGUACCAGUGCACGGUCAACGGUGGGCGAGAGGGUCGACCUAUUGGAGCUUAUGAGCUUGCAAAAGCCGUUGAAGAGCUGGGAGCAGGAGAAAUACUGCUCAACUGCAUAGAUUGUGAUGGUCAGGGACAGGGUUUUGAUAUCGACCUGAUCAAGCUGAUUUCAGAUGCAGUGACUAUCCCUGUAAUUGCAAGCAGUGGUGCUGGUGCAGUUGAACACUUCUCUGAGGUUUUUAACAAAACAAGCGCUUCUGCUGCCCUUGCUGCAGGCAUCUUCCAUCGGAAGGAGGUUCCCAUUUCAUCUGUGAAAGAGCAUCUAUUGAAAGAAGGGAUAGAAGUCAGAAUGUGAUGGUUUCAGGCCUCAGAAUCAUCAUCACCAAGAGAACUCAUUUGAGAUGUAGGCAUUUGAAGUUUUGUGACAGUGAGGCAGGACUUUCCAGUUCAUAUAUGGUUUCUCCUCAUUUUUGGAUCCUGUAACAGUUAAUAGUUUAGAUAUUUAUGUUUGUGGAGGUUGCUUUUGAGGCAGGACUUUUCAGUUCAUAUACGUUUUCUUCUCAUUUUUGGAUCCUGUAACGGUUCUAGUUUGGAUAUUUAUGUUUGUUGAGGUU